AUCUCAAGGCGCACAGCUUUAAAUAGACACCAGCGUGUGUCGAAGCUGCUUCGUAGCUUUUGUUUGAAUCCACACAGUUUUAUCCACUUUUAAAACCAUGCUUUAAGGAGCUGUGCAAUAUAAAUAAUACAUGCUAAAUUUAUAUUUGCAGUUUGACAUGGAUUAAGAUACAUAAAGGAAUAAGGGCACAGACUUGCCAUUUUCACCUAAGCGGAAGUUGAUUUAAAAGACUACCCUCUGUCCCUCAUUUCAGGUGUUGGACUCCCCCAGAAGUUAAUCUCUGCCAGCCAUGAGCGACAGUAAUGAUGAUGAUGAUGUUCCUACUCUGUCCGCUCACACUCUGGCCGCCCUGCAGGAGUUUUACAGUGAGACCAGAACUGGUCCAGAUCACAACCAGCCACAGUCAGACCAGUUUGCUGUGGGAGCUUUAGAGGAGGACUGGCGGAUGAGCCAGUUCUGGUACAGUGACGAGACUGCAGCACAGUUAGCAGAGGAGGUGGUACGAGAAGCUGGAGAGGGAGGAAGGAUAGCGUGUCUUAGCGCGCCCAGUGUGUACCAGAAGCUGAAGCAGGGCGUGGUGGAAGGUUCAGACCGGGUGUCUGCUGUCGUGUUGGAGUACGACCGUCGCUUCGCCACAUAUGGAGAUGAAUUCAUCUUCUAUGACUACAACAAGCCGCUGUCUCUUCCCUCUGACGUGGCUCCACAGAGUUUUGACAUCGUCCUGGCCGACCCGCCUUACCUGUCUGAGGAGUGUCUGAGCAAAGUGGCCGCAACCAUCAAGUACCUGAGCAAAGGCAAAGUACUGCUAUGCACAGGAGCCAUCAUGGAGAAGCUUGCCAAAGAACUGCUGGAUGUAAAAAUCUGCUGUUUUUUGCCCAAACACAACAGAAACUUGUCCAACGAGUUCCGAUGUUUUGUCAACUAUCCUUCCCGCCUGUUGUCUUGAUAACGAGACAAAUAGGCAGCAUGUCAGAGAUGCUUUACAGCUUUGGUCAUAUGCUGCUGAGGAGUGCAGCAAAGCUGGAUAAUCUCAGUUUUCAUUGGUCAUGAAGUCGAUCAAAAGAAAAAUAAUCAGCCUUUUUUUUUUUAAUAUAUAUAUAAUUUAGAAUUAUUAUAAAAUGUGACGCUUUUUAUAUGCAAUACAAGACUGGAGAUCAUUUAAUUUUGGACAGUUUGUAAAAUGAGAGAACUGAAAUUUCACAAUAAGAUGUGGAAAUUUAGUUAAGUGUGCACCAGUUAUUAGGCAGCUGCUUCAGUGAAAUGAUUUCCUGGUUUCUUUUUAUUGUUUGUUUUUUACCAAGUUGAAUUUACCUUAUUUGGGAUUUUGGACAUUUUUCCAUCAAAAUAAGACAUCUGUUGUUUUGUUUCUGUUGUAUUUUAAAAAUGGAAGGUUUAAACACACAUUUCUGCUGCAUUGGAUUAGUAUUUUUCUUAAGUGAAGAAUUAGAGGAGCUGAAAAGAGGUUUGACUUACUCUAGUACCAGAGCAGGAAAUCCAACUUGCGAUGGCAUUUUCUUUGAAUUUUUUUUGUUGAAGAUUUGAACGUAAAAGAUCCCAGUUUACAGUGAAUGCAUUUCACAUUUUGACCAUUUCAUACCUCUAAAGACAGAGGUCUUCAGUUCAGUCAUCAUGUACUUCUCAGCCUGUGAAAAUAUUUGUAAAAUCUUGUAAUUAUGACAAAAAUGACAGAUGAAGUCAUGCUAAUGUCAUAUUUAAUAUAUUAAAAUGUUAAUAUAA